AAUUUCUCAGAUCAGAUCAGAUAUUGUAAUAUGGAAAGAAAAAUCAAAUGCAUAUCAAAUCAAUGAACCAGAUUUUGACACCCUUCUCACAGCCAAUAAAACCUCUAUACAAAUUCCUCCAGAUCAAAUAAAUCAUUGGAAAGAAUGCAUAAAUGCACUCAAAAAAGAACAAAAUAUUAGAAUAUUUACUGACAGAUCAAUAAAACAUUCUGGAACAGAUCAAAUUAAAGGUGGAGCAGCAUGA